AUGGCAUCACUUCCGAAAAGAAUUAUCAAGGAGACAGAGCGUUUAGUCAGUGAUCCUGUGCCAGGAAUUACUGCUAUACCACAUGAAGAAAAUUUAAGAUACUUUCAAGUUACUGUUGAGGGACCAGAACAAUCGCCUUACGAGAACGGUGUGUUCAACUUAGAGCUCUUUCUGCCCGAUGAUUACCCCAUGGAGGCGCCAAAAGUGCGGUUCUUGACAAAAAUCUAUCAUCCUAACAUCGACCGGCUUGGCAGAAUCUGUUUGGAUGUGCUGAAAAAUAACUGGUCGCCGGCAUUGCAGAUCAGGACAGUAUUGUUAUCAGUCCAGGCCUUGCUUGCGAGCCCCAAUCCCAACGACCCACUGGCAAACGACGUAGCCGAAGAAUGGCUUCAAAACGAGGACAAUGCCAUCGCAAAAGCUCGCGAAUGGACAAACAUGUAUGCUAGCAAGCAGUGA